AAAGAUCAUGGAUCUUGGUCAUUCUUGCGUUUAUAAUAAUGGCGACCUGCAUCGUUAGUUAUUCGAGCAUUGACUUCCGGUAAAAGUGGUUACGGGAACGUGAAGAAAAUGGCGCCCAAACAUUCCAGUUAUGUGUUGCAGAAAUAUUGUGUUUUAUAAUGGUUUAGUUGGAAAGAAGCAUGGAUGCAAAAGGAUUAACUGGCAAAGAACAAAGUGUAAAUGAUGACCCACCGAAUUAUAGCUUCAGCGAAAAACUUCCAAAUAGUGACGUCAUGAAAGAGCUUCCACAAAAUGACUCCAUGAAAAGUCCCGGAUCUUUGGAACAGCAUGAAAAAUUCCGUGAGUGCUGUCAAGUUGUUGAUGUAUGCAAUGACGCUGAUGAUACUGCAGAACGGCUCCAACGCAGUCGCGAAGAUUCAGUUGUAAUCGGUCUCGAUUCAAAUUCUACUAAGCUAAGUGGAGGUAGAAAUGAAAGAGAGUUGUUAUCUGAAACAUUGUCAAAUUUUCCUCAAGAUGAAGGUUACUUAAAAGCCCCUCAGGAUGUCGAAGUUGCAUUUCCUACAAGUAAAAACCAAGAUCUCCACGAUGGAUUUAAUUCUAAUGAUUUAACUUUAAAACAAUUUGAAAAGGUAGAUAAAGAAAUAGAUGCUGAGAAAACUCAAUCAAAAGAUAGCGAGGUUUUAUGUCCAGAGAAUAGGAAUGAACUAGGCUCUAGUUUUGAAGAUAAAAGUGAUGUCUUCCAAAUAAAGAAUUUAAACAGUUGUAAGAAAAUUGAGUCAAUACCUUUCACUGAAGAAAUCGAUGUCGUAAGAACUUUACCAGGAUCAGUGCAAUUGUGUCAAACCGUCAACAGGGAAGGUAAAAAUAAGCCGCUCAUCGCUCCACGUGAAAACGUAAUAUUAUUUAGUGAAGCUUUCGAAAAGGGGGAAGAUUUGGCACAGAAAAACGAAUCAACCGACAAUGCAUGUUAUGAACUCGAUGGAAGCGAAAGUAGUGUAAGAUCUAUCGAAAGUAAAUCCAGAUCGCAAGAAGAUGUCGGCGAAAGGGGGACAGGAUCAGUGCAAUUGUGUCAAACUGUCAACAGGGAAGGUAAAAAUAAACCACCCAGCGCUCCAUAUGAAAACGUAAUAUUAUUUUGUGAAGCUUUCGAAAAGGGGGAAGAUUUGGCACGGAAAAACAAAUCAAUCGAAGACGAAGUAGGCAGUAAAAAAAGUGUAAAUGACAAUGUUGAACUUUUGACAAAACAGGUUUCAAACACAGAAUACAAAGACAAUAAAGAACAAGACAAUGGCAAUUCAAAAUUCCUCGAUCCUAUCGUUGACGGAAAGAUUCUCAAUGAUACUUUAAAUAAAACAGAAACACAGUUGCAGCAGAUUGAUAACACUGUAAAACUUGAUCAUUCUCAGUCACAGGAAGUUUCCACAACAGAAGACAACAAGGAUAAUAAUGAGAUAGUAGAACAAAAUAUAGACAAAAGCUUGGUGGAAUUAAAGGAUAGCAAUAGUCCCAGGUUUGAAUCGUGUGAAGUAUUGACUUUAGAGAUUGAUAGGAAAGACCUGAAAGUUGAAGGUUCGUCGCUGUACCAAUCUGAUGAAGUGUUCAUGAAUAGCAGUGCGACGGUUUCAGAUCUGUUAAGUGUUACAACCAAGGAGGAAAGGCUCAGGGAGCUUUCUUACAAUGCGUGUUAUGAACUCGAUGGAAACGAAUGUAGUGAAAGAUCUAGAGAAAGUAAACCCAGGUUGCAAGAAGACGUUGGUGAAAGAGAGACAGAAACCGUUCCAAAAAUCUUAGCUGAGACCAGCGGCACAUCUAAUGUAUUUCUCACAAAUACCAGUAUAAUUGGUAAUAAUCAUGAAGUAGAAGGUUUAGAAAAAAACUCAAUGGAAGUUGACGAUUCUACUUGUCCAAAAUUUGAAUGUGAAGAGACAAAUUUGGCACAAGAUAAGAAAAACCUGAAUGAUGAACAUCAGCCGCAGUACCAAUCUGAUGAUGUGAAUUUGAAGAGCAGAGCCAAGGUUUCAGACACAUUAAGCACUCCAGCCAUUGAGGAUAGUUUCAAGGAGCAUUCUUAUUGUGCCAGUUUUGAAUCUGGUGGAAACACCGUGCCUAGAUUUACGUGCAUCAGUGACGGAUCUCGUGAAACUUAUUCCAGUUCGGAGGAAGAAACGAUUGAUAAAAUAGAGACAGAUGCCGUACCAAAAAUCAUAGCUAAAAUCAGCGGCAUGUCUAAUGUUUCCCACACAAAUGGUAGUGCUAACAAGAACCAUGACAACACUGAAACAUUAUUUUCUGAAUUUUCAGAGGGAGAUCUUGAUUUUACGAUUGAAAUCAAUAAAGAAUUUGAAAUAAGUGAGGUAAACUGUCCAAACAGUGAACUCUUACAAAAGUUUAACACAAGUCAAAACGAGAAAAUGCCUACUUCUCAUUCAUUAGAGACGCUUAACACUAAUCCAGUACAACCUGUGGAAUGCUUUCCAAAUUUAUCGUCAGUGGAGUUUCGAAGGGAUCAAAUAUUUCACGACCACAGAUACAGUCUGAUAAGUAAAGAGACCAUAGCGGUCAUAGCGCAUGACCAUACUUAUAGUAUCGAUGCUUACACCAACGAUUGUCUAAAUCCUAGAUCAAAUCUGACUGUUCACACGAAAGUGGGACCAAUUAUAAUACACAAGGCCCCGGAACCUGUGGACAAAAGAAAUGAUACUUACACGAAGGAGGAACCAAUUAGAAUACACAAGGCCCUGGAAACUGUGGACAAAAGAAAUGAUACUCACACAAUGGAGGGACCAAUUUUGAUAUACAAAACGCCGGAAUCUGUGUACAAAAGACAUAAUACUCACACGAUAGAGGGGCCCAUUAGAAUGUACAAGGCACCGGACACUGUGGAGAAAAGAAAUGAUACUCAUGUUGUGAUCCACAGGCAAACCGAAAUAAAUGAAAAAUUUCAUACGCAACCCAAGCCGCAGACAACAAAUCCUGGACCUUUGGUUGUGUACAAUCCAAAGACCACACGGAGAGACCUUGAUAAAGCUACGACCCCUUCAUUUUUCGCUCAGACUGAAGCAAACAAAGAAAAAUUAUUUUUAAAAACAAAAACUGGAAUUUUGUCGGUACAGACAGUCCUCCACCGUGCGGAGACCUCAAAGAACACUCAACAUCAGUUGAAAGUUGACAACCCGAAUAAGUGUGGAAACAUUUCAGACAAUUUUUCAGUUUCAUAUCAAGGAAAAGAAACCAUGGGAAAUGUAAAGAGUAGUAUGUUAAAAUCUAUUCAUAUGCCAACCCCAAAACCUGCAGAAACUCGCACAUCAGGAGGUAGUGGAUUGAUUGUUCAACAUGUUAGAAGAUAUGUGCAUGACAGUAAAUCAGGCACUGUGUCUGAAGAAAAAAUAUCAGAAUCGUUCAUGCUGCAAUCAGAACAUGAUAAACCAAAGCCAUAUAAAACAUUGGUGGUAAAGAAAACCUAUUGUGAUGAUAGUCCAGAAGAAUGCAAUGAAAACAAGGAAGACAACAGAAAAGGCAGACUCGAUUUAUUUCACGGUUAUGCAAAGACAUUCAGCGUUAAAGGAGUGCCUCCAAAUAAUUGCUUUCAAAAAUACCAAGCCAAUAGGCAACCUUAUUAUCCUAGUCAAGAUGCAGAAAACAUGGUUUACCCUGAAAAGAAACCUAGAUAUUUUUCUGUCAUACAUCCACAGGAAAGAGUUGUAUCUCUGUUAGAUGGUCAAACAAAACCAAGCAUCAUUCAAACAAUAAUUCCAGAUGUGAAAAUUCCUGAAGCUACAGACGGGUCUUAUUUCAGCCGUAUUAAACAGCUGCUCCCUUUACGGAAAUUUUAUCAUAUCUCGAAGAAAUCCUUGAAAGAAAAGUUUUUAGUUGUAGAACGAGCCGACGGUUGUUGUUAUUUCAAAAAACUAUAUUCACCUGAAAUAAAAGAUGGUGUCUACCUAGAAGUGAUGUACGAGACAGAUGAUAUUUUCGCAGAAUAUAUUGCAAAACAGUUGCAAGACCCAUCAUUUGAAAUAACAGAAAAUGUCCCUUUCACCAAGAAUAGGAGAUGUUGUAAUCAAAAGACACCUGAAGCAGAGAAAACAAUAUUUAGAAAGGAGACCUUAAAUCAUGAAAGCGAAGAGGACGUGGAAACAUUGAAAAAGAUAGCUGGUGAUCCUGUUAAAACAAAAUUGCCUAAGAAUCGAAAACCUUGCACAGAAAUUCCACGACUUCAGAAAAUCAAGGAGAGAUGCAAGAAAAUGAUGUGGCGUGAGGGUUUGAGGAUGUAUACCAUACCUAUAGAUGAAGUAGAUUUUUGGAGUUGGCCAACUAACUUCUAUGAUCCAUGGGAUGAUCCAAAGCUGAGAAAAUUCUCUAGAGUUGUACUUAAAUCUCUCAGUCUAGAAAACAUGCAUUUGAAAGGGAUUGAUGCACGAUGCAGUAAAAGUUGCCGACAAGACAUUGUGUGUAUGUCAUUAAAUGCAAAAAUUAGAAAGUUAAGACGGGAAAGGAAAAGGAUAUGUCGCGAGUUUGAAAUUCCCCUCAGACGAGUUUCAUUGCCAAAAAACAAUGACAGUGUUUUCCUAGAUAAAGAAAAUGCGUUGAAUAUAGAAAUGAAUGUCUUUAAAACCUCUGAGGGUGUUUGUAUUCCUGCAGCAAAGGAACUGGAAAACGAAUGUUCUGGAAGUGAAAAAGUACAAUCUCUUUGUGAAAGCGGGAGAGAACUUAGCAUCUCCAGUGGGUUUGUUUUCAGUGAAGAGCAAAACGAAAACAUGUUCAAUAUGCAAACUAUAAAUGAAAUUAAAACAGAAAGUAGAAGUGAAAAUGAGACAUCACCUCUCUUUGAAAAAGCGUAUGAAAUUCCACAAGAAAAUCAGUGGAAUUUAGUAGCAGUUAAAGAGGAACCCGUGUCCCAAGGGUACGGUGAUGAAUCUGUUGACUGUAAAGUACGUUCAAGACAGGAAGAAUUACUUGAACAAAUAGAAUAUGUCAGAGAUGAACCUAUUUCAGGAGGUUGUGCACAGUAUUUGGGUUCAGUGCAAAGUUCAAAUAGCAGGAAAAGAUGUUUUUCAGAAUACGAAAUAGAUAAUGAUGGUCAGGGUCUUUCUUUUGUGGACCAAGACAUGCUGAAUUAUAAAUUGGAACAGGAAAUGGACGUCGCUGCUAGACAUACACAAAUCCAGUCUUCUGGCCCAUCUCCUAAUAAGAUACCUGCCAUCAAUCCUUCGGAAAACUUGGGAUUUGGAAAUUAUGAUGAUUAUUCUAGUGAAAUGAUACCCCAAAUAAAGAUCGAAAAUGUUAACGUGACACAUGCAACAAAUGAAAACAUUGAAGCGGAAGCAGGUGUAGAAGACAGAAUAAACAAUUUUCGAACAUUUUUAAAGCAGUGUGAGAAGAAAAUCUGUGCUUUAAAGGAAACUAUGACUUUCGAGGAUAAGAAUUAAGUUCAAUUCUGAAAAGUUACUGUAAAAAGAAUUUUUCUCAAAUUUUUUUUUUGUAUAAAAAUGAAACUGCAAAAGUGCAAAAAGAAAAACAUUUUUAAGUUGUUUUAUUAAAAUUGAAAAUUAUUUCAGUGUGAUGUAAUCGGAAUUCUUUUAUAUAACCCGUUGCAUUUCUUGUCAUCUUAAAUAAUAUUUUCCCGAACAAAGUUGUCCGAUAAAUUGUUGUAGCUAGACCACUAGUUUUGUGUAAGCGGUGUCUUGGAGGUGUCUUGUCAUUCAAUUUUUUUUAAUAUUAAAGAAUGAUCAGUA